CGCAAUAGGCUGAUGCUAAAGCUUGGGGUUGCCUUAGCAACUUGCAAAUCGGCCCACGGAUCUGAGAGCGGCUGCAGCAGCCGCCACCAGCUGAGAACUCAGGAGAGUGAGGCACAACUGGAGACAUGAGGAGAGACUUGCAGCGCCGGCGAAUGAUGGUCCUGAUCCUGCUGUUUAUUGCAGCCUUCCUAAUGUACAGAUUAUCUCUCCCAUCACAUCAAAACUCUUUUAUGAUGCUCUCACCAAACAGUGGCUUGUUGGCUGAAGAUUCCCACUUUUUGUUAAAUGGUAUACCUUAUAGAAUUCUGGGUGGUUCUAUGCAUUAUUUUAGAGUACCGAUGCCAUAUUGGAGGGACCGUAUGAAGAAGAUGAAGGCCUGUGGAAUUAAUACCCUCACCACAUAUGUGCCAUGGAAUUUGCAUGAGCCAAGAAAAGGCAAAUUUGACUUCAGUAAGGAUCUCGACAUAAGCGAGUUUUUAGCUAUAGCGAGUGAAAUGGGAUUAUGGGUUAUAUUGCGCCCUGGUCCAUACAUAUGCGCAGAAUGGGACCUUGGAGGUUUACCUAGUUGGCUACUCCGUGACAAAGAUAUGAAGUUGCGCACAACCUACAGAGGUUUCACUGAGGCAACAGAGGCCUAUUUAGAUGAACUCAUCCCAAGGAUAGCCAAGUAUCAGUAUUCAAAUGGUGGACCAAUCAUUGCAGUUCAGGUGGAAAACGAGUAUGGUUCAUAUGCCAAGGAUGCAAACUACAUGGAGUUUAUAAAGAAUGCUCUUGUUGAGAAAGGAAUUGUGGAACUCCUACUUACAUCUGAUAACAAAGACGGAUUAAGCUCUGGAAGUCUGGAAAAUGUACUGGCCACGGUUAAUUUCCAGAAGAUUGAACCAGUUCUCUUCUCAUAUCUGAACUCUAUCCAGAGUAACAAACCUGUUAUGGUGAUGGAAUUUUGGACAGGCUGGUUUGACUACUGGGGAGGGAAACACCAUAUUUUUGAUGUUGAUGAGAUGAUAUCUACUGUAUCAGAAGUUCUUAAUCGUGGAGCCUCCAUUAAUUUGUACAUGUUCCAUGGUGGCACUAACUUUGGAUUCAUGAAUGGAGCUCUACACUUCCAUGAAUAUCGCCCAGAUAUUACCAGCUAUGAUUAUGAUGCCCCACUUACAGAGGCUGGUGAUUAUACAUCAAAAUAUUUUAAGCUGAGAGAACUUUUUGGAGAUUACAAUGCGGAGAAACCUCUUCCGCCAGUUCCAAGCCUUACCUUAAAGACUUCAUAUGGUGCUGUAGAACUGAAACGCUGUUUGCCUUUGUGGGAAGUUUUGCACCUUGUGGGAGAGCCAUUUAAAUCAGCAGAACCAGUAAAUAUGGAAAACCUACCAGUGAACGAUGGAAAUGGCCAAUCAUAUGGAUAUACCUUAUAUGAAACCAUUAUUUAUGGAGGAGGACAAUUCCACUCCAAGGGAAAUGUUCGUGACAGAGCCCAGGUAUUUGCAAGCAGCCAGUCUUUUGGUACAGUAGAUUAUAAAAAGGAAAAUCUGCAUAUUCCUGAGAUUCCGGCGUACAGAAAACUGGCAAUACUGGUAGAGAACUGUGGAAGAGUGAAUUAUGGACCCAUGAUAGAUAAGCAACACAAAGGUCUUGUUGGCGACGUAUAUCUGAGAAACAAACCUUUAAGGAAUUUUAAGACUUACAGUUUGGAGAUGAAUUCAACUUUCAUCAGCAGUAUUAACGAAGUCCACUGGUCUGACCUAUCGGACUGCAAAACUGGACCUACAUUCUACCAAGGGGCAUUAAAUGUUGUCGGUUCACCAACGGACACCUUUCUUAGGAUGAAGGGCUGGAAAAAGGGAGUUGUGUUUGUAAAUAGCAAAAACUUGGGACGUUACUGGGAUAUUGGACCUCAAGAGACUCUUUUUAUUCCUGGACCCUGGUUAUGGCCAGGGGUCAAUGAAAUUACAUUAUUUGAGGAAUAUGAGGCUGGGCAGACAUUGUUCACUGUGGAUACACCAAUACUUGGAAAAAUGCAAUAUGUGGAAUAACGGCUAUUGUCAUUCCUGCCUAAAAUCAUCCAACAUCAGCUUGCAGUACUGAGGCUUCCUAUUCAGAAUGCCUGAGAUUACUUUUUAUUAUGGAGCACUUCAAGCUGACGCUCAAAACAAAAACAAAAUUAUGGCAAAGAACUCAUUUUUGUUUGGAUUUUUCUCAAGAAGUGGGGAACCACCAUUACAUUGUGGCAAUAUAAAUUAUUUUUAUGUUUUUGAUCAAUUUAUAAAUACCUGUGUGAUAUUUCACCACCCAACUCAGGAUUUCACGGCAACCAAAGUUAGGUGAACUAUUUUAAACAGACAACAAAAUAAUUAAGUGAAAUGUUCUGUAUGUCUGAAUGUUGCUCUCUCUUCUCCAUCACCAGUUUUCUGGAUUUAGCACUGGACAGGCAUCUGGAUUGGGUGCUCUUGGUUUUAGUAGUCAGGUUUAUGGAAUGUGACCAUCUUUAUGUCUUCCAAGUGAUCAGUCUUCCUACAUUAGCCUUACAAAUUUCUUUAAAAAAACUUGAAUGGAUGCUUGAAACAUUAUUCCAAGAACUGCCUAAUGUGUGUUUAACACCAAAGUUAUUUUUUAAAACAAGCACUGCUGAGGGCAGUGACAGUGAAUUUACUCAGGGCUAGGUAAAGACACCUUUAAUUUAUUACUUGUAAAAAUGAAGUUACUUAGAUAUAUUUAAUUUUAAUUGUAUAGAUGAGUGUUUCAUCUGUGUGCAAUGUGUAAAUAUAUUCAUUGCUUUUCCAUAUCAACAAAGCUCAGUUAAUUCAGGUCUCGACCAUCUCCACAUGGAAUAUUUUAUGCAAAGUUAUUAAAACCAGAAUGGCACUACUAAAUUCCCAAUCAUGCAGACUAUUCCAGUAAUCUUUAAUACCAUUUGCAAAUAUUAACAGUAUAGUGCCUUGAGUCAUCAACCCAUCAAACCUGCUAAAUUAGUUAUCUUUGAUUCUGCAUCUACUUUCACUCCUCAAGCUCAGUCCCUAACGAAAUCAAGCGGUUCCAUCUACGGAGUAUCUCUAAAUUACAAUUGUGACUUGCAAAGUCAUAGAUUGGCUUUUUCUAAAUAACUUUUCAAAAGGUCUUGAUAUUUAUUUAUCAUAGUUUGUUUUAACUAUUACUAUUUUUGACUAUAACUUUUUGCUUCUUUCCACCUUGAAAUUUAAAAAGCUCAUUGAGGUCACUAACUUGGCAACCAAAAUGUAUUGUACUGUGAUACUUUAAUCUCACUGUUAUUGUUAGCCUUUCAUUCAAACCUCUGCCUGCUAAAUGGAACUCUAGUAACCAAAAUACAGGUAUGUUGUCCAGAAUGCUCCGGAACUGGGGGUUUUUGUAUAUGGAGUUUCUCUGUAAUUGUGAUCUCCAUACCUUAAGGUUACUAAAAAAAGGAUUUAAACAUUAAUUAAACCCAAAAGGGUUGUUUGCCUCGAAUAAGGAUUAAUUAUUUCUUAGCUGGGACCAAGCAGAAGGGAGUUUUUAAAUAUUAACGAUAAAAAGUAAAUCAUUUUUAAAAUGGAGUCUAUGGGAGAUGGCCUUCGAAAAUGGGUUUCUGGAUAACGGAUCCCAUACAUUACAUAUAAUAAUACAUUUGUCUUAGAAUAUAACUGCCUACAUCGUAUUAAUAAAUCAUUUUAAUUUAAACUGUCCCUUCAUGUUUAAUUUUCAAAAAUGUAGGGUAAUAGAUUCCAUUCUGCACAUCUGUUGUCUCCCUUUCUCUGUAGAUGAAGAGCCCUGUGUACCUGUUCUAUUAGAAUGUAUUUGUAUUUAUAUGUGCCUUACUCCUAUUGUAUAACCAUAUGUAUUAUGUCUGUGCUUUAUAUACUUCAUAAUAAAAUGACUAAUAUGAAA